CCCUCCCGCUAUCCUGGAGGCCGGCGGCUGCUGGCUUCUCUGCCACCGCCGCUGCCCGGCCCGGCAUGGCGGGUGGCUGGGCAGCCGGAACCGGAGGCCGGCGGAGGAGGAGGAAGGGUGGCUGGGAACCCCCUGGUGCUCUGGUUUUAUAGAUGAUCCAAAACCCAUAAGAAAAUGGGACUGCUGGUGUUCAUGCGUAAUGUGCUACUAGCCCUCUGUCUCUUUCUGGUGUUGGGAUUUCUCUAUUAUUCAGCUUGGAAACUGCAUCUUCUCCAAUGGGAGGAUUCGAAUUCAGUGGUUCUUUCCUCUGACUCCGCUGGACGUUCAAUAGGCUCAGGAAGGAGAAAAUCCACACCUCUUGUGCCUCUGUCAUCUCUCCCAUCACAUCUUGCUGCAGACCUGGGAACAGGCAAAGUUCAGAAAGAACCUGUCGUUAUUCCACGCCCAGUUAUUCCUACUCCAGCUGUUAAACCAAUAGCAACCCCACCUGAACAGAGACAACUUGGCCACAGCCAUUCAUUAUCUGAAUAUGACAAACUGGGGUUCCUCCUGCAGCUGGAUUCCAAACUGCCUCCGGAGCUAGCAUCAAAGUACGCAAACAUCUCAGAAGGGGUUUGUAAGCCUGGGUAUGCAACUGCACUCAUGACUUCCAUUUUCCCAAAGUUCUCCAAGUCAGCACCAAUGUUUCUGGAUGAUUCUUUCAAAAAGUGGGCAAGGAUCCGGGACUUUGUACCUCCUUUUGGAAUUAAAGGGCAAGAUAAUCUGAUCAAAGCCAUCCUGUCAGCAACCAAAGAUUACCGCCUUACUCCAGCCCUUGACAGUCUCAGUUGCCGACGAUGCAUUAUUGUGGGAAAUGGUGGCAUUCUAGCAAACAAGUCGCUGGGGGUGAAAAUUGAUGAUUAUGACAUUGUUAUCAGGUUGAACUCUGCUCCGGUGAAAGGCUUUGAGAAGGACGUUGGUGGCAAGACAACAAUGAGGAUAACAUACCCAGAAGGGGCCAUCCAGAAACCAGAGCAGUAUGAGAAGGACUCUCUGUUUGUGUUAGCAGGAUUCAAGUGGCAGGAUUUCAAGUGGCUGAAGUACAUUGUUUACAAGGAAAAAGUGAGUGCCUCUGAUGGCUUUUGGAAGUCUGUGGCAACCCAUGUUCCAAGAGAGCCCCAUGAAAUUCGUAUCCUGAAUCCAUAUUUCAUCCAAGAGGCAGCAUUCAGCUUUAUUGGCCUUCCUUUUAACAAUGGUCUGAUGGGUAGAGGGAACAUUCCUACUCUGGGAAGUGUAGCAAUAACCAUGGUGCUUCACAAUUGUGAUGAGGUUGCUGUGGCUGGAUUUGGUUAUGACAUGAAUUCUCCAAAUGCACCACUACAUUACUAUGAGACUAUCAAGAUGUCUGCCAUCAAAGAGUCAUGGACCCACAACAUCCAACGGGAAAAGGAGUUCCUACGGAAACUGGUGAAAGCCCGAGUAAUCACAGACCUCACUAGUGGAAUCUAAGGAGGCACGGCCACUUUGCUGAAGGACACAGCCCCAUGCAGACAGCUGAGGACAAGGGCAACAAGAGGUCUUUGGCAAGAGGCCCAGCUUCUUAGAGACACACAGAGUGCCCUUAGAAAGUCUCCCUGGCUUGCUCUAUCUGCCUGUAUCAAAGCUGGCAAGGGAGCAGUGGCUAUUGGCCUGAGGGUCAGAUCCUUCAAAUGAAAUUGGAGGUGGACAUGAUGUUUGAGAUGGAACCUCGUUGAGGAGAACAAAAAAAAGUUGGGAAAACUAAACAAACAUGUGCCAAAUGGAGCAAGAGCCACGCCAGAGCAGCAGCAUCUUGAAUGUAUAAGAUGCAUUAUUUUAUAUAAAGAGAGAUUGAGAAUCACAGAAAAUAUAUCAAUGUGCAAAAUGUGGCCUAGCCUGUGCACAGGCCUCAUGGGACACCUGACACUGUGUUGCACUUAGCCUGUCUCUGUGCCAGCCGAGCCCCUUGGAGGGGACUGGGUCCGUCCAAGACUUGUCCGUUGGUGCUGCUAUAAUUUAAAGGUAUUGUGGCCUCUCUUUGCCCUAGAAGGAGCAACCAAGGAGCCUACUGGAUCUUUCAACUCUGUUUCUGGUGAAGCAGCUGCUGCUGCCAAUGUUCACCUAACAGAAUUUUUAGUCUUUAUUCAUGAAGCUCACCUCAUUGAGUUGGGGAAUCUCUACCUGUUUGACAGGUUUGCUGCAGUUCCUGCUGAGAGAUACCCCAAUAUUUUUUUCCUGUGGCAUCCACAUAAUGGGUUUGAAGAGUCCAAGUGAUUGUUUUUUGUUUGGGAAGGGAAUAAUUUAUUUUUGGAUCAGGUAAGAAACAAAGAUUUGUCAAUGUUCGGCAGCUAAUGGUGCCAGCAAUGUUUCAGUCAUUCUGUUGUACUCUGGCCUAAGUGUCUAUUAUCUUGAUAAUGUUUAAGCUCCUUUGGGGACAAUAGUAGAAAUCACUGAGCUGACAUCCAAUUUUGGUUUUUGGCUUCUGUAUAUCAGGUGUUUUGUUUUGUUCACAUUUUCAAAUUUUUCUGUAUCCCUUGUAAGGAGACAAGAGUGUGUUUAUUACUCCUCUGUAUUAAGUCUCUGAUGCAGUUUUUGCACAAUUGUGUAACAUUUGUUUUCGAAAGUUUAGAAAUAGGGCCGUUCUACACUGCCAUAUAAUCCAGAAUAUCAAGGCAGAUAAUCCAUAUGAUCUGCUUUGAAUUGGAUUAUCUGAGUCUACACUGCCAUACAAUCCAGUUCAAAGCAGAUAAUCUGGAUUGUAUACAGCUGUGUAGAAGUGGCCAUACAUUGUGCAAAGUGACCAAA